AUGAGUUCUCCAAAGGGCAUAGCGCUUGUUGGCGGUGGCAUCUUCAUCAAAGAGCAACAUCUACCUGCUGUUCUUGCUACUCCACUACUCUCACUUAAGGCUAUCUAUUCACGCUCGCUCAAAUCGGCCCAGAGCACACUUGACCUAGUCCCUAAGGAGCACAGCCCUGUUGACCUCUACUCUGAUGACUCCGGAGCAGGCAAGUCCUACAAAGACCUGCUGACUCGAGAGGACAUAUAUGGAGUAAUUAUCGCGUUGCCUAUCAAGAACCAGCCUGAGUUCAUUGAAGCCGCUCUACUUGCUGGCAAGCAUGUCUUUGCGGAGAAGCCUGUUGGCCCAACAGCCGAGGCGGCGAAGAAGCAGAUUGACUGGUAUCAUAGUAUAGCUGAUGAGAAAAGGGUCACAUGGGCAAUUGCUGAGCAGGUUCGUUUCGUGCCGAAAUUUGCAUGGGCAGCAGCAGAGGCAAGGAAACUUGGCAAGGUCAUUGGGUUCCAUUUCAAAGUCUUUUUCCAUAUCGGACUAGACAACAAAUACCUAGCCACCGAAUGGCGUAAAAGCCCAACUCACCCGUACGGGUUUAUUCUUGAUGGCGGUGUGCACUGGAUAGCUAGCGCCAGACUUCUCCUCGGCGAUGACACUCCUCAGAGUGUAAUAGCAUACUCUUCACUUGCACAGGACUAUCUUCCGCCCGUCGACACCGUCUCCGGCGUCAUCAAGACUAAGUCAGGCGCCAUCGGAACAUUCAAUGCAUCCUGCGGCACUACUCUCAGCAGCAAUGAGUAUUCAGUAGCUUGCGAAAAUGGAAGUGUGACGAUCGAGGGCGAUAAGGGGUGGAUCCGCUACAAGGACGGGAGAAAGGAAGAAAGGGAGCUCGAAUUUGUGGGCGGUGUCAAGGAAGAGAUCGCAGCGUGGGCAGAGGCACUGACAUCUGGCAAGCCUAACCCACUGCAGACUCCCGAAGAGGCUUUGAAGGACCUGGAGCUUCUUGAGGCAAUGCUCAAGAGCGGUGACGCCAAUGGUGCCCCCCAGCUUGCUCUGCUCCCUACCCACCAGGAUACGCUCGAGUCCGCGGCGUAA